GUAGCAAGUAUGGUUUGUUUGCAGGAGACGAGAGUCAACAAAUUAAAUACAUAGUCUUAAUGGAGGUAAAUAUGUGAGAUAUAUAUUGUUUAAGUGACAACACAACUACUAACCCACCUGCUGUGAAGCAGUCGACCUUUUCAAUUGCAUGACCUUAAGAAAUCACUAAAGAUGCCGCUCUUUGGGAGCACAUUCAGUCCGAAGAAGAUUCCACCUCGCAAAUCUGCUUCUCUGUCCAGCCUUCAUACGUUGGAUCGCUCAACGAGAGAGGUUGAGCUGGGCCUUGAGUAUGGACCUCCUGUGAUGAACCUUGGAGGUCAGAGUUGGAAAUUUGAAGAUGGACAGUGGAUAUCAGAAUCUGGUGGUAAUGCAUCUGGAAGGGAAGUGCAGCGGCUUAAGAAAAGAAACAUACAGCUGGAGGAAGAGAACAACCACCUGAAACUUAAGAUUGAAAUUCUCUUGGACAUGUUGACAGAGACCACCGUAGAGUACCACCUGAUAGAGAAAGAAGUGGAAGAUAUAAAGACUCAACAUCGAAGGAAGAAAUGACAAAUCUGAACGGAUGCCUCCACCAUAGAAUUCUUUUUCAUUCACAGUUUAAUUUUUGUUGACGUAAAAAAAGUCUUCAUUUGUUUGUUUUUUAUUUGCAAAAAUCAAAUGAUGAACAUCUUUUUGCAUUGUGAGGACUCUAUCUGUUCUGUCUUGAAUGUUAAUCAACUGUGAACAUAUUUGUUCUGUACACAACAUAUUUUCUGCAUCUUUUACAUCUGUGUGUUAAGUAUUUGCUGACAUUUUCUUUUUAAUAUUUUUUUGUACUUAAUGUAUUUUCUAUUUAGAUUAAAAGUAAAAUUCAUCACA